GAUGAACUUUCGACUCAGAUUUUUGCUUACUGUAGCUUUCAGCACUCUGGCAAUUCAUGCUACAUAUGGAGACGAAAUCAUCAAUGGUGGAAAGGCCAAGAAGAACACACUGCAGUACAUGGCAUCAGUGCAGUGUGACAGGAAGCACAUUUGUGGAGGAGCCCUCAUAGACGACCGCUAUGUGCUCACCGCUGCACAUUGUGACAAAUCGGGCAACAUGAGUGUGAUCCUCGGGACUCAGGACAUCAAUCCACAAGGAAAAAAUUUAAAAAGAUACUCGGUGAUAAGAAAGUACAAAUAUCCUUCAUAUAAAAACCCAAAAAAUGGGGCUGACAUCAUGCUUCUGAGGCUUUCAGAGAAAGUCCAACUUAAAAAUGGUGUGAAGCUCAUCAAAAUCCCAAGCAUGAACAAGUCAGUCAAUUCUAAAACCAAGUGUCUGGUCGCCGGCUGGGGAAGUGAUGGACAGCAAAAAAUGGUAAACAACCUGUUGGUGACUGACGUGUCUACCAUAAAUGUUAAAGUCUGCCAGGAGCAGUGGGCAAAAGCCAGUGUUUCACUCCCACAGAACAUCCUGUGCGCCGGGGGUUACAGGACCAAAAGUGGAGCAUGCCAGGGUGAUUCUGGUGGACCUCUGGUCUGCAAUGAUCUUGCAGUUGGCAUUGUGUCAUUCAACCUACGAGGAAAUUGUCAAUAUCCAAAUGUGCCCAAUGUCUACACUCAGAUUUCAAAGUACACAGACUGGAUUAAAAAAGUUAUUAAGAAAGGAGAUUAAAAAUUCAACUGAACUGUUUUACUUAAUCAUGUAAUGAUGUUUAUAUUUGGAACCCUCAAAAUA